UUAACCUAGUGUAAUAACAUAAUGACUGCUAGUUACCUGUAAAAUUGACAUAUAUGUAUAAGUAUGUUUUUUUAAUUACUUUCUCAAUAUAUGUUCUUAAAUUUUCUUAAAUGCUCUUAGCAAAAAAUAUUUUUUCUGAUCUGAGCAUAAAACAUAAUUGUUCUGACCAUAGAAUAUUCAGUGCUUUUACGCUGUUAGCGAUUUGUUUGCUUUUUAUUCACUUAAUUGCUGUCUUUGUUGCUAAUAAUGCCAGAAAAAGUUAUUAUUGGGGUAUUUCAUUUGUAAGCAUAAAUAUACAGAAUUCGAUGCAGGUAUGGUAUAAGCUAAAACAUUCAUUUGUGAAUCUACAUACAUAUGUACUAUGUUGUGCAAAUGAAUUAAUAAAGUGUUUGUAUCUUCCAAUUAAGCGGUCUUGAGAAAUUAGAAAUCAUUUAUACAAAUCCAAAGGCUUAUAAUUAAUUUUCCGUAAUUUCGCUUUGCCAUAAUUUCGUGUUUACAAAAAUUAUAAAUCAUCAAAAUACUAAUAUUUUGCUAUUGGUAGAAAUAAAAUAAGUUUGUGAAAUUUUAGGAAUAUUUUUAUUUACUAACAAUAUUAAGACCUUAAAACAUUAUGAAUGCUUAUAUGUCAGUAUGAAUAGUUGUUAAGUUUGGCCACACAGCAAAAAUAUUGCAUUUAUGUACAUAUAUGUAUUUAUUUAUUUAUUUAUUUAUAACAAUUCAUAUAACAAAAAGAGUUUUAUUAUAUAAAUACAUAAACGCAGCACUGGCUACGAGGCCUUCAGCCGCAUUUACAUAUAUGUAAAUCUAAUUCUAUAUUCAUAUAUGAGAUAAUAAAUUAUAAUGGUAACAGUUGGAAUAAUUGUUUUGAAUAAAAGAUAUGUAUGUAUGACGCAUUUACAAACAUUAUUGAACAUGGAGAGAUUAAAAUGUAAAUGGAAAGACAAACCGUUACUUUAAAGAGAAUAUACUAUGUACAUUACUAAGAUUUCAAGCAACUGUCUUGUCAAGAAACAAAAUAGUUCGUAUGUGUAUUCAAACGACUUUUUAAAAGUCAGAAAUAAGACAUUUUCCCUAUUCAGUGGAUAUGUAUUAAAAACCUAUUGAUUAUAAGUUAUAUAAAGGAUUUACAGUGAUAAACAUUACAUGAAAUAACAGCGAAAGCCUUCUUAAUUUUGUUUGAUUUUCAGUCGAAGUUUCAUUGGUAUUGCCAACAUAAAAAUUACAGAUAAUUAAACAGCUAAAUAUUUGUAAAAGAAAAGUAAAAUAAUUCAAUUCAGUUAUUGCUCAUUAAGUGGUGGGUAUUAGUUUUGAUUUAUAUUGCGAUAACCAAAAUCUUGCGCAUGGGGUGCUGCACUUAAAAAAAAAGCCAGUUGGUCAAAUUCAUUAGAGCUUCCUAAUAACAAGUAAGUCACAGUUUUACAAACAAUUAAACGACUUUUAAAUAUGGUUUGUUGUGAAUUCAUAAAUUAUUUUCGUUUAAAAAAAAGAAGAAUUUGUUUUUUUUCUCGAAAGUUUCCGUUUCCUUACUGUCGGUAGUUAUCAAGAAUGAAUUUUAAAUAAUUUUAAAUUUGAGUUGGCGCAGACUACGAUAUAUAUGGUUGUUAAAUAGGAUUAAAAUAUUAUGAACACCGUUUUUGUGUGUAGUGGAUUCAACACAAAUGAAUGAAGAGGAGCCAAACGUUUAAAAAAUUUAUUAUUACUCAAAGUACAUUUCUAGGAAUAGUAGAUUGAGCCUACUAUUUAUGUCCCUUAUGCCCGGUUUCACAGUCCAUACUUAAGUUGUGCCUAAAUAAAAUCUUAGCUAAGUAUUGUUGCAAACUGAGUGGCCGUUUGCGUUUCACAGUCAAUGCUCAAUUUCUAUAAAAUUUUAUUAUGAUAUAUGGCAACGUUAUGGGCAACAUAUGUUUUACAAUUGUCAUUCAUAAAAAUAUGUUUGAAAUAUUUAAAUUAUAACAGACAAUACAUAAAUUUGCGAGGAAAAUUAUAUCAAAAAUUGAUGAAAACAACAAAAGAACCCCAAAUUUCAUCACUAGCGAGUCGGAGCACCUACGGGAACUGAAGGAAAAGUAUAAGCUGUUAUUGAGUGCAAACGAACGGACACUUGCCCUACGCUACGAAAGAUGUCGCUGAAAAUUCAAAGCAAAUUCAAAACAAAAAUCAGCUGUUAUUUAAGCACUGCUUAACAGCCCUAUUCUGAAAAAACCUCUCAACUGAGUUGAGAGGAAACAUUUGAGAGAUUUCUUGUGAGGCAUAUGUUGUGAGGCUAUUCUUGCUCAAACCUCAUAAGAAAAAAGCUUUAAAAAGUCACCACGUGAGGUAAAAAGCUUUUUGCUGUCAAACAGCUGUUUUAAUAAAAAUAACAGCCCUAUUCUGAAAAAACCAAAACAAAAAUGGACACACAAAUGAAUAAUCAGCAUAUGCGUGCAAAAACGGAGCGGACAACUCAGGAGCAGCUGCAACAUUACGUAAUGUUUUGCAAGCAGCAUCCUGAGUUGCAACGGGCGAAACUAACUCCGACCAACCCUCAAGGGCUGCAAAUACUUUGGUCGGAGUUAGCAGAUAAUUUAAAUGCGUUAAGAGGCCCAACUCGGUCGGCAGCCAAGUGGAAGGAGUCAUUAAUGCAUUGGAAACACCAGUUGCGAUCGCGAGCGCGCAAACUUAAGACCCAUGCGCAAGCGACUGGUGGAGGCCCUCCGAUAAGUGGAAUGACUCCAUUCGAGGAGCAAGCCAUAACCACAUUUGGGGCAGCAGCGGUGGAUGGAUUGCCGGGUGUUGCGACUUUGGGUCAUCAGGUUUUGCCGUUGUAUAUAAAUACACAAGCUCCAGCUUCCUCGCCAACACCAACAUCGCCUGCUCCAGCACCCUGCUCCAGCACCUUCACUCACAAUGUAAAAAAUGAAAUAAGAAUGUAAAAAAUGAAAUAAGAAUGUAAAAAAUGAAAUAAGAAUGUAAAAAAUAAAAAAAAUUAAAUAAAAUAAAAUGAAUUAUUUAAACAUA